AUGAACCGUUACGCCAAAGGACUCUUGAACAAGUUUGGGCUGGGAAUGGCCAACAUCACUGCAAGCGACUUUGCAAUUCGAGUGAGCAAUUUACCCAGGAAACUGUCUGAUCAGGAUCAUCCGCACUACGAAGACCUGCUCAAGCAGCACUUUGAAAAGGUGUUGACCACAGAAUGUGGAGUGCAGGACGCUUUUGAGCAAGUGGCAGAGGUGGCACUCAUUCGGGAAUACGAUGGCUGCAUUUCAACCUUCUUGCAGCAAGGGAACCUGUUGGAAGAAAUGUACGAAGCAGGUGUAGCUGCCAGGCUGGCCAAGAACACGAUGGAAAAGCCAGAGAGCUCUGAAGCCACCAAGAAGAAAGCCAAAAAGACUUACGACAGCCAAACCAAGAAACGACUGAAAUUGAAAGAGAAGAUCCUAAACCUGGAGGCACAAGAAGAUCUUGCGGUUCGACUGCGCCUCCCUGCUUUGUCGCCCUGGGCUGAGUGGUGCUAUGCCCACCACAGCCGGAGUGUAUCCUCAUGGCCUAUUUGGAUGAUGUUUGCCUCGCCGGCGUUUGGUCUUGGCCUCCACAUCAACCCGGCCAAGUGCGAGCUCAUCCCGUGUGGCGGCAUCGACUCAGCGGUUAGCCUUGGCCCCUUCCCGCCCGGCCUUACUUCCAACUCCACCACCUCAUUCACCCUUCUGGGCGCGCCCAUCGGCAACCAGCAAUUCUGCGACCACACCAUCUCCUCCACCCAAUCCAAAGCAACCCAGCCCCUCCUCCAUGCCAUCAGCCAACUGCCGGACCCGCAGACCUGCCUGUUGCUCUUGCGCCACUGUGCUUCGUUCUGCAAAAUAGCAUACAUCAAAAGGUUUACCCCCACAUCCCUGGUGGCUGCCGCCUUCUUGGCCUUCGAUGGAGCAGUGCGACAAUGCUUGGAAACCUCCUGCACAGGCCCCCUCACUGAACAAGCGUGGCUCCAAGCCUCUUUGUCCACCGGCAGCGGUGGCUUGGGCCUCCGCCACGCUCACCUCCAUGGCGCGGCUGCUUACGCUGCUUCUGUUCUCGCCACCGCUGACCUUUGUUCCAGCAUCGAUUGCCAUUACAACCAACAAUCUGGAGAAGAAGCUCUUCGCCAAGUGAACCAGCGACUCCCUGCCGAGGACCAGUUCCUUGUGCCAGCGCCGACCCCUUACAGGCAGCAGCAGCUGUCCCAGGUGCUUGACAAGGUAACCAUUUCCCAGUUGACCGCCCCCGCUCCUGGGCAAGAAGCUUACCGAGCCCACCUCCAGCUCCUGCAGCAGCCUGGUGCGGGUGCGUGGCUCUCCGCCCCACCUUCUGAGGCUCUGGGGUUGCACAUCUUCGGGCCCAUCUUCAAGAUCAUGGUUCGCCUUCGGCUCCGCCUCCCGGUGAGUGACGCCGAUGCCCAUUGCCCCAAGUGCGACGGGAUCGACUGUCUCAUGAAGUCGAAAAGCCUGGAUUGCUGCCCCCUCGACCCGACCCGGGCGAAGGGCCUGACGAUGAUCGACGUGCUGCUGGACCGGGAAGGCGGCGGCUGGGGGCCCACCGCCAUGCAAACAUGGCGCUCUCUAGCUGGACUUCUGGCAGCUAGGACAUCUGAGCCCGUGGACUUGGAGUGUCAGCGGCUCUUGCAGUCGCUUUCGGUGGCGCUACAAGUCGAGAACGCCAGAGCCGUCCUCCGACGCCUGAGCUGA